AUGUCACUGUAUUUACAGCUACAAGGUGAAGAAAAAGCAGGAAAAUAUCAAAAAAUUUAUCUAAAAUAUACACAUAAUCAUAUUGUUAACUCAGCAGAAGCACUAAGUUUUCGGCAUGUUAAAGAAAGUAUUUGCAAGGAGUUAAUAAACUUAUUUAAAGAGAGACACUCACCUUCUUCAGCACUACACGCAUAUGAGGAUAAACUAUAUCUUAGCACUGAAUAUCAGCAAAAAUUAUUAGAAAUUCUUGCAGACCGUGUACAUAAUCCUGAUUAUGGCUAUGUGUACAAUCUGUUUCAACAAUAUAGGAAUGAAGUACUUGGAAGUUACAAUAGUAUAUCAAUGUUUAAGUGUCUAGACAUUAUUAUAGAAAAUUACAAUAAAUCAGGAUGCGAAAAAGCUAUAUGA